GUGUGUUGGAGUUCCGGAACCCCGAAAAACCUCUCUUAAAUUUUUUUGUUUUACCUUCUUCAUCCCGUCGCUGCAACCUUUUUCCCAGCCGCCGUCGCUUCAACCUUCUUCCAAGCCGCUCCUCAGCCGUUUCCAAGCCGGUAACAGUGUUUGUCUGGGCUUCUGGCGGCCGAGUUGGCUGUUGUAUAGAGCGGGUGGAAGAGUUCUAAUGGAGGAACUUUUAGGGUUUACGGAAGAAUCAAGAGAUAAUGAGGACCUGGGUAUAUCAUCGUUAUCAUCAUCAUCAUCGUACAGCUACAAAUUGGUUCCCUGGUUGAGCUGGGAUGAAUGGCUUUUUGUUGAAGAAUCUCUCUUUUCUAAUUCACCUGAUAUUGUGACCUCCGCUUUGAGAAGAAUAUCAACAUGGAGAAGCAGAGGCUGUCUUCCUAUUGUGAUUGAAGUUACAGCAUCAAUUAUUGAAAUUCAGCAAAAAGAUCCUCACUUUAGAAAGGACCAGUCAAAUGAUGCUUUAGAUAAUUGCAGAACAGCUCAAUCAAAUGAUGUUUCGCUCUCAGAGGAAAUGCUGGCCAUGUUAUACUGUAUGGCAAUCAUGAGGCUUGUGAAUGGUGUGGUUGAGAAGACACGGAAAAAAACUGAGGUUUCAAUUGCUGUGGCUGCCGAUGCAAUUGGCAUUCCACGUACACUGAUUGAUAUUCGUCAUGAGGGAUCUCACCGCGAACUUCCCACACUUGUCGUUGUUCGUACUGGUUCACUUAAGGCCCUUGAUUGGUUAAAGUGUUAUUACUGGGAGCCUCAGAAGAAGAAAAUUCCAUUUCAUGGUAAUGAAACUGCUGAGAUCAGAAAUGAAAUUAGGUCUAAAUUCCAUGAAUUGGCCUUCUGCUUAAGAGUUAAGGAGACUCCUCAGCCCCAUUCUUCAAAAGUCAAGAAAAAGCGUGGUUCAAAAAAAGACCUUACAAGGAUAUUGAAAAGUCUUAUUGGGAUGUAUUCCUCCUUCUCCUCAGAGGUGGUUUCUGUACUGUUGGAGUUCUUGUUGGAGGCUAUAAAUUCCCCAGACUCCCCAGACCUUCCAGUAAACACCCAAACUGGCCCAAGACUACUUAUUUCGAUGAAUGAGUGGGAGCUUGUGAUAACAAAAAUUUUAAACAAGGAACCGGAGUUGCUUCUGGCUCUUCUGAAUGCAGUUCUUGAUAAGAUUGAGACUCAGGAAGCAGUGAUAUAUGAGACGGGACGGUUUCACGCAACAUCAGACCGUGGGGCAGAGAUACUCCAAGUUGAACACCUCUCUUCUCUGUUUACUUGGCUCGUUGGAAAUUUCGAAGGAUUAAAGCCUCGCCAAGAAAAAGACUCUGCAGUCGUAAUCAAAGUUUCUUCAGCAGAAAAAACUAUCUCAAAAGCAAUUCUGAUGGAACUCCUACGUAAAUGUCUUAUUGUAUCAGCUUCUGCUAAUAAAAAGCUCAUGGAUUCUGCCGCCCAUCUUGCACGGCUGACAGGGGACAGCUUCCUAGUGGGAAAACUGCACAAACUCUCUUCGUUUGUUUCAUCAAAUUCGGAUGGUACUGAAGAAGAAGCUGUUCGUAUAAACUCAACUGAUCAAUUUAAGAAGCAAGAAGAAUCUAUAAGUCAUGCGGCAGAGAAGCUAGAGCUGAUUAAGCGUCGCAUAAGGAAGAGCAAAGCAGUUAAGACCGCAGAUGAUGAUGUCCGAAACACUAACAGAUGGGUUCUGGCAAAAUCAUGGAACCCGUGUCCAAUAGGAAUGUUGCCUCGAGCUGUAGGGCCUUCCGGCUGCCUUCCUGUUCUGGACGUUAACAAUGUCCCGGAAAAGGUUCCUGAAGUACUAGGAAGAAAAGAGUUGUGGGAGUUGAACCAAUGCAGCUUCAAGAGACCUAGUUCCGAAAUGCAGCUACUAGAUAACCCAUGUGUUAAGAAGAUGAGGGCGACAUCGGAAGGUGAGGAUGUUCUAUCACCAGAAGAUGUCGACGGACAUCUCAUGAUAGGCGGGGCGUGGAAGAAAGUCGGGGAAGAGGAGCUACUUGCCAUCAAGUCUGCUGUGAGGAUGUUAAUCUAGUCGCCUACUUUUUUCAUGCUAGGAAUAGAAGGAUAGUUAAAUUUAGUGGGAUUGGCCACUACAUCAGUUUUGGUUUAUAUUUUCCAGUGAUUUAUGUUUUGUCAGAAGACAUGGCGCAAAAACGAGUUUAGUGGCGUUUUACGAUUCAUGCAGCCGAUCACACUUGGUGGGAUAAGGUUUUGUUGUUUGUAUUUAUUUUUUGUAAUUUAAUUAAGAGGCUGUUAGGUGAUUAUUUAUCACUCUUAAUCUCUAUUCAGGUGACAGUAAUUAUUUGAAUCUAUGAUUUAUAUUUUUUUAUGGGUAAA